GAUCAGAACAUUGCCUUUAUAAACUUGUGUGAAAUCUUGCAUGUAAAGCUCAAACCAAAAAGAAUAUUUAAAGUUUAAGCAACCUUUGUUCCAAGCAAUACUAAUCCCCCUUCCUUUCUCUCUUUCUCCUUGCAGAAUAUUAUUCAUUUAAUUUCAUUCUUUCAUCUAGAAUUUCUUAAUCAAUCAAAAGUCUUUGUUCUUGACAGACCAGACCUUCAAGACAUGGCAGUUACUCAUGCUGAUCUGGCUCCGAGUCGUCGAGGUACAGUCUUAGGCAGCAAAACAGGUGCACUUGUCAUGGUCUUAUCAGUCCUACUUGGCCUAAGUUGCUUCAUUUUCUCCCUCAUUGCUGAGACCACUCGCUCGCAGGUGACAUGGUUCAGCACAAGCAUUGAAGGGAAAUAUGAGUGCACGUAUAACAGCAGUGGAAAAAAGCCUCUCGUAUAUGCUUGUGCUGCAUUUGGAGUCCUGGCAAUUGCCAUGAUUAUGGAACAUGCUUCCAUGCUUAUUGCAAUUAGUAAUUCUGCAGAUUUAGUCACUUGGGAACCUCACUCUCCGCGUGCCAAAGUCCUUACAUGGCAAGCUGCAUUUUUCUUUCUCACAUCAUGGAUUUGUUUUGCUGUGGGAGAAAUAUUGCUAUUAAUAGGAAUAAGUGUGGAAUCAGGACAUCUGCAAAAGUGGUCAGCUUCAAGGCCUAACUGCCUUGUUCUAAACCAAGGUCUGUUUUUGGCUGCUGGAGUUUUCGGGUUAACAACAGUGUUUCUUGCUUCUGGGCUGUACAUAACAGCUUUACGGGCACAAAAACUGGCACAUGAAGAAGAAAGCAUGCGGCGCCAAGCUUUAGAGGCUGCUAUGCUUUAUGCAUCUCCUCCAGGGUCGCCCGGGCAUAGCCUUCAAACACUUGGAAAUGAGAGUCCUGUGAUUCGACACCAGAAUGAGCAUGAAUUGUCUAUGUACAUCACUGCUAUGAGCAAACUCAAUUAAAAAGGACUGAUUUUUUGAUUUUCUACAGAGUAUCACAAAUAUUUUAAAAUGUCAGCUUGCCAAUAUUGAAUAAAAAACAUUCUCAUAUUCUCAA